UCGAAAUUCAUAGAACCAAUAAGUUUACAUUCCCUCUCAACUCUUCGCACAAAUCGAUUUCAAUGGCGGGCCGCGGCAAAACUCUCGGAUCCGGGGCUGUGAAGAAGGCAACCUCGAGAAGCAGCAAAGCCGGUCUCCAAUUCCCGGUGGGUCGUAUCGCUCGUUUCCUGAAGAAAGGCAAGUACGCCGAACGCGUCGGAGCCGGAGCUCCGGUAUACUUAUCGGCCGUUCUCGAAUACCUGGCCGCCGAGGUGUUGGAGUUGGCUGGAAACGCGGCGAGGGAUAACAAGAAAACGAGGAUUGUUCCGAGGCACAUUCAGCUCGCGGUGAGGAACGACGAGGAGUUGAGUAAAUUGCUGGGAGAUGUUACGAUUGCUAACGGAGGAGUGAUGCCGAAUAUUCACAAUCUUCUUCUUCCUAAGAAGGCUGGUGCUUCAUCCAAGCCAUCUGGGGAUGACGAUUGAUUAAAUCUAUGUUGUUCUUUUCGUUUUUGUUUCUCGAUCAGAGUUGCUUUAACUGGUUUAAUUGAAUGUUCAUAUGCUUCAAUUUCGGAAUGAAAUCAAAGUUCAGACGAGUC